CACCAAACCCACUCGUAUUUCUAGCAACGCACAUGUUUUUGUGUUGUGGGUGAAUUUUUAUUUGGAUUAAAAACUAAACUUGAAUAAAAUGGGACACGUUAAGUUUGAUAAAACCAAAAUAACAAAUUUGUUGAAAUCAGAAAAUGAGUAUAUUAUUGAUGUGCUGACAAAUUUCAAUGUACCAGAUUCCACCGAAGAUGGAAGCAUCAACAACUAUCUUACGAAUAGCAAAGCAAAAGGUCCAAAGGCUCUGACAAACCCCGCCAAUUCCGUGACUGAUCUUGAGGAACGUCUAACGUCAAUUAAAAACAAAUUGAAGACAAAAAAGCGUAAAGUUUCGGAGAAAAAAUCAAAAAAACAAGGCAUCAAAAAAUUGAACAAAAAUAAAGAAUUCAAAAAGGUCCUACUCACAGCCAACAAGACCAUAAAGAAAGAACAAGCUGCCGCUGGUAAUUUGUCAGCUUUGACCGAUACAAAGAAAAUGGUGAAACCCAUCUUUAAUGCCGAGGGCAAGAUUGUAUUCUCAAAGUUUGAUUUCGCUGCUGCUCAUGGCUCGAAAAACAAGAAAAAGAGCAAUUCCGAGAAAGUUAUCAGAAACCCCCAGCAAGUUCUUAGUUCAAUGAAAGAAAUGGAUAACAAAUUAAAGGAACUUGAAGGCAAGGGUGAACAAGAAAAGGCUACAGAAAUUAAAAAGGAUUUAGCUUGGAAGAAGGCAUUCGAUAAAAUUGAUGGCAAAAAAGUGAAGGAUGAUAAACGCCUGCUGCAUAAGUCGAUUAAAAGAAAGCAUGAUAAAAAGAAGAAAUCAAAGGAGCAAUGGAUAGAAAGGAAGAACAAAGUGGAACAGAAAAUACAGGGCAAGCAGAAGAAGCGAACAGAGAACAUAAACAAAAGAUUGAAGGACAAGAAAAAUAUGAAGCUUAAGAAAAUGUCCAAAAAGGGACGAGUAAUACCUGGUUUUUAAAUAAAGAACAUUAUUUUUAAACUAAA